AUAUUUGGAAUUUUUUUUAUUUUGAGAUUGUAAGAUAAUUUUUAACAUAUUUAGUUAUUUUAUGAGUUUUUUAUUAUAAUUGUCUUGUUUUGCUUUUAUUAAAUGAAUAAAUUGUUAUAUUGUAAUCUUUGAACCAAAUGAAUUAUUAUUAAAUUAAUAAAUUGUAAUGUUGUAAUCUUUGAAGCAAAUGGAUGUUCAUCCGGGACCUAUUUCACGACACGUUUUAGUUCUUGAACCCGGAGAACACAGGUGUGAUGCGGUAUGGGCUAGCGAAGAAUAUGUUAAAGUGAUCUUAAAGUGUCAUAGGACUUGUUCUAGUUUAUAUACGAAGACUCUUGUUGCUAAUAGACCACCUCGUGUAAUAGAGAUUUUACAAGAUUAUGGAUUUUAUGGGGUAGAGAAAGUUGGUGGAUUACAGUUGGAUUGGGCUUUGAUUACUUCUUUAGUAGAGAGAUGGAGACCCGAGACCCAUUCAUUCCAUCUUCCCUUGGGAGAGGUGGGAAUUGCGUUGCAAGAUGUUGAGGUUUUGCUUGGAUUGCCCGAAGAUGGCAUUCCAUUGGCGGGAAUCACUGGUCGAUCAAAGGAUCAGUGGAUUCAGAUAUGUGACGACAUGGUGGGAUUUAGACGUGAAGCAUCUGAUAUUGCAUCUUCUAUGAUUAAGAUGUCUGCAAUUGUUCCGAAGGCAUUGACAAAUCAUAGUGUAGAUGUUGAUUACCUACAACAUGAUAGAGCUAUUAUGUUCAAGUUGUUGGGUGGUAGCUUAUUUCCCAACACGACGGGAAAUAAGGUUAAUUUGUAUCUAUUGGAGGUAAUCAUGGGUGACACAAACUUAGUGCGGGGUCGUGCCAUUGGUUCUGCAGUUCUUAGUUUCUUGUAUCGUAGUAUGUGUCGUGCUAGCAUGACACAUGUAGCGCAAAUUAGAGGGUGUCUUGUCCUGUUACAGCUUUGGGCAUGGGAAUGUCUCCCCAUGACUAGACCUAGGGGCGUUGUACCAUUGGAGCAACUGGUUAAUGUCCCAUACGGAGUCAGAUGGAUGUGUUAUCAUCGGUGGUCAGAUUGUACAACACACUCCUUACGAGUAUAUAAGGACCAGUUAGAUAGGUUGCUCGAGGGAGAGUUUGUUUGGAUGCCGUAUCCAAAUCUCAAAACCCUACCACCCUUUUGAUUAGAUGGACUCCGAAUAUGGAUAUCACGCAUUCCUUUGAUCUAUGACUAUGUUCUGGAGAUGUACUAUCCAGAUCGAUUUUGCAGACAGUUUGGUGCCCGCCAAUGCGUUCCUCUAGAUGUUGUGUAUGAUCGACACCUACAUAACAUUAAGUCGAACACUAUGGAGAUUGGUGACAGUGAGAGACAGUAUUUAGAUGUAUGGGAUGGACGUUACGCUGCACGUGUGCCUAUGGAAUUUGGGAUGUUGGAUGCCACACCUGAGUAUCGUUAGUGGUAUUACCUCCGCGGUCGAAUAACAUGGACUAUCGACC